GUUAAAACUGUCACGCCCACCUAUGUUUUCAGAGUGAGCAAUGUCUUCUCUGCUCGAGCUGGAUGAUCCCUGGGGGCUGCUGGUAGGAGUGGAAGGCGAGGAGGGUGAUCUCAUUCCACUGGUGGGGGAGCAGUUCUCCAUAGGGAGGGGAAAAAAUGCUGAUCUUGUGAUUGCGGACAAUCGUUUCGUGUCCACUUCCCACUGUGUGCUGGUACGAGGCGAGGGAGGAUGGGCCAGCUUACGGGACACCUCCUCCAACGGAACUCUGCUCAAUGGCACAAAACUGGAGAAGAACACCGAUGUUAAGUUAGCAUCUGAUGACAUCAUCAAGAUUGUCAGUCGUAAAGACAAUCCAGAGUUUAAUGUGUCGUUCAAGUUCAGCUACACAACCCCACCAGCUGAAGAACUUGAUUCCACCCUUUCAUACGAAGACACAGAUCAUGUGACUGACGACGAACAGCCAACCUUGGAAUACAGUCCCUCGGACAUGGCCGAUGGAGGAAGGAGCUCUGAGGGUGAUGAGGAUGUGAAGAAAGUAAAAGAAGAGGGGCCUAAAAAGUUUGCUGGAAAGAAACAUGAACUUGGUAGUUCCGAGGAUGCCCCUGAGUCUAAGAGAGCAGCGUGUGAGGAGGUUACAAAGGAGGAGUCACACGACCAGACCGAGGAGGAAACUAAACCACCCCCGCUGAAGAAGGAAGACUCUAUUGCUGAGACUCUGACCUGUCAGAUCUGCCAGGAGAUUCUGCACGACUGUGUCAGCCUCCAGCCGUGCAUGCACUCGUACUGUGGUGGCUGCUACUCUGAGUGGAUGGGUGCUUCCGAUAAUUGCCCAGCCUGCCGGGACCGUGUCGAGCGUAUCAGCAAGAACCACAUCGUGAACAACCUGGUGGAUGCGUACCUCAGAUCUAACCCAGACAAGAAGAGACCAGAGGAAGACUUGAAGGAACUGGACGAGAAGAACAAGAUCACUAAAGACAUGCUCUACCCCAAGAAAAAGCAUAGUCACUAUGACGAUGAUGGCCAUUACGAUGACGAUUCUAGCUCUGAUUCUAGCUCUACUGACUCAGAGGAGGACCACCCUCCAACAUAUCUCACCCCCCACACAUUUGGCCACACCCACCCCCUACCCUCAUUCCCUUUUGGCUCAACUCCUGCUCCUUUCAUGCUGUGUCGUCAGUGUCCGAGCCACGUCCCCUCCACACCCUCACACCCCACACACCCCACACCACCGCCCUUCAUCUGCACGACAAGCACCAUCCACGUUCUCUGUCUUUGUUGCCUCCAGCCCAUGCCUGAUCGCAGGAGUGACACAGACAUGAGUAUCCCACCACAGAAAUGUGAUAUUUGCAGUCAGGCGUACUGUCACAUGUACUGGGGUUGCAGAAAGUCAGGUUGCCGGGGAUGUCUCAAUCUGUUCAAAGACAUGGAUUUCCCGGACAGUAUCCUGAGCGGUGUAUUAAACAACGGCAACGCGUACGAGUCUAGAGUACUGAAGGAGUACAUGGAGGGGAAGUCCCUAUCAAUUAAAGAUGUGCUCACUUCCUGUUGCGGGAAGUUAGAGAGUGGAGAGUACACGUGCAGCGACUCCAGGACAGCUCGUAUGUCCUCCUCCACUAGGUCCUGUUUCAAGUGUGCCCUUAAAAAUUUCAAGGACUUAGUGUACCUGUAUCGCAGGGACAUUCCUGACAGGGAGUUGCCAGCUGCUGUGACCAGUCGUCCGGACUGCUAUUGGGGCAAGAACUGCAGGACUCAAGUCAACAAGCCUCAUCAUGCCGAGAGGUACAGUCAUAUCUGUGACCAAACAAGACAUUAAUUAGUACUACGUAGUAUGCUGGCUGUCAAGACUGUUGUAGACAAUGAGUUAUGUUUUCACAGUGGAUUGUAUUUCAAUUCUAGAACGUUAUUCUGAUGAAGACAUGCAUGUAUAUAUAAUUAUUAUACGUACUGUUACAAAACGUUAUAAUUAUGAAGGGUUUAUUGGGAA